CCGGGUGACCCGCGAGCUGUUUAUCGUGGGGCGCGGAGCCACUGCCCCGGGUUCGUCGCGCGCUCGCCUCACCCACCAUGGCCUCCCGCAGCGCGGGCACCCUACUGACCGAGUUCAAUGCCGCCUACGUGCCCCCCAGCCUCAUGCCCGGGUACCAUGGCCACGUUCCCGGCCUGGCCUUCUCCUUCGGCUCCCCCUACGGCACCACCACCUUCAACUACUUCCAGAGGCGCCGCAACGCCGCCAUGGAGCACAGCAAAGGCGGCCACUUCCCCACCCUCUCCGCCCCCAACCCCGACCUCAUGCUCACCGACGACCGCUUGCACAUCAGGGACCACUCGCUGCGCACGCCCUGCUACACCCGCUUCAACCUGGAUGGCAACCGCGCCGGCCACCUCACUCACUUCUACCAGAUGGUGCAGCAGCAACGGAAGUACUAUCGAGACAAGACAGGCACAAUGCCCCAGGUCUCCUACUUCGUCCUGCCUAUGACAGAGCGGGACCGGUACCCCCUCCCUACCCACCUGCCUCCGCUGAGCCUGAAGAACAAGUGGAACCUUUUAAGAGUGUCCCCUGAGAACCUGAGGACCUACCAGACCUUCCCAUCAGGGAAGAGGGUCUCUCCACAAGAGCGGCGGAGCAGAGACUGCUACUUUGAGUUCAGAGCAUGAGGUCCAGUGGCCUGAGAGCCUCGGCCCCCAGCAGAUUGGCUUGCUUGGAAUAAAAUCUUUAGUCAUGACCAUCCCACA